ACAAAAGGAGGCGUGCCUGCUUCCCUUCACCCACGAUCCCCGCAUUCUGUCCACCAGACCCUGAUACUCUCUUAUUUCCUUAGGUCAUUCCUUUCAACAUCAAAGAGAAGUGGAUUCGCACGUACGUGUGCCUCAUUCACCGCUCAUCGCCGGCCAAUCACAUCUCCCCGAUAUUACCUGCUCGGCUUUCCAGCCGCUGGCCCUAGCUUUUGCCGACCGCGCCUCCGAACUUUUUACGACUCUCCUUCACCGACAAUUCCACACACAUCUACACACAUCCAUAAUGAAGGUCUUCGCGACAAGCACCGACUUCGACUACUCGUGGGAGGAGGUUUCGACCUCCAACUGGCGGAAAUACGGGCCAUGGAAUGAAAAGACGCCGCAUGUCAUCGCCGUCGACACCCUCUCGCGGACGAUAGAUCCCGACACCGGCAUCCUACGAACCGAACGCCUCAUCACCUGCAAGCAGACGGCACCCAAGUGGGUAAACACACUGCUGGGUAGCAAGGACACUUCCCACGCCUACGAGACCUCCUACGUCGAUCCGAAGGCGAAAAAGGUCACUAUUUGCUCCAUGAACAUGACCUACUCGGAUCUCCUGUCUGUACGAGAAACCGUCGUUUAUCGGCCUGCAUCCUCGAACCCCAGCGCGCGCACAACCAUGGAACAGAACGCGAAAAUAACGGCUUUCUGCGGCGGCUGGCAAAAGAUAAAGAACAGCAUCGAGCAAUUCACGGUUGAGCGCUUCCAGCAGAACGCGGCGAAGGGCCGGGAAGGAUUCGAGAUGGUUUUGGAGAUGAGUCGGAAGGUCUUUGCCGAGCAGCGGGAGUUGCGGAUACUGCAAGAGGCAAAGACAGCUCUCGCUCCGUAGGCCACCGUUCAGGACACCGCUUCGACACCAACCACCCUCGAUGUUUACACGACUUGCUCUCUUCAAUCUCGCCUCUCCCGACGUCACUCCGACCUCUAUACAUACAGGCAUCCACCCUCGAUCCACCAUCCGGGCCCUACUCUUUGAGACUCGUUACUGCGUUAAAGCGAUUUUAUUACCUCCGGUGGCGUCUUUGUUUCUGAAUAAAAGCAAUAUACCGGGUUUUCCGUUCCCUGCAUGGCUCAUUUCAAGCCCCUCUCCCAGUUGGAGAUCAUAGACGGCGAGCUUUCGCAUAAACAUGAUAAGAUGCAGUAUAGACGGU